GGAAAAUAUUGAACAGCGUCUGAAAGAAAUGGAGAAACGCGGACUGAUCCGUUCGAAAAUGGCAAAGCCGGCCCAAGUGGGAUUAUACCACUAUUAUCAUACGGAUUUUUAUUAUUCAAUGCCGGAAAUAAGCAAGGACCGCGAAAUGAAUGGCGUCAAAAGGGUGUUGAUAUUCUGCACCCUGAUUGUGAUACUGCCGGCCACCCUUAUUGUCAUACCACUGUAUUUGCGAAGAACGGUCUUUGCCGAAGUCGUCUAUCCAGUGGCCGAAUCGGAUAUCAUUGAGAUACGUGAUGGCAUUUCCUCGAUAUUUUGCCAACAACAUUCCCUGAGAAUGAACAGCAACUUCAAUGCCUUCCAGCUGAGCAGCAAACCGGAAAUAUCUUCGAAUCACAAACAUAUCCGUCUCAAGAAAUCCAUGACCCUGCCGGAUGAUACCUUUGAAUAUUGGGGAUUUUAUUUACUGAAGGGGGCAAGGGUGUUGCUGAAAUUUUGUUCCCGUUACGAGGGGGCCCGCAUGUUGGUUGUCAAGGGUGCCCGGGAAUUGGACACCUGUGGUCUGCUCGAUCAUAACAAAAAGAAAAUGGGUCCAAAUUAUCCCCAGAAUCAUGAACAGGUCAAGGUUUUCUUUGAGGAUAUUAAAGAGAUACCCGUGAAUAAUGAUAGUGAGGCGCAGACGAGUACCACCGCACAGCCUAUGGGACCGGUUCCCGAAAGUCUCAUGGAAUUGGAAAAUAGUGGUGGUGAAGAUUUAUCCGAGGAUUAUGAAUAUGAUAUGGAUGAUGAUGAGGAGGCAGCAAGUAGCAGUACAACGACCACCACGACAACAACCACCACAGAACCUCCUCCGAAGACCACCAAGGUGAGAGGUAAAAAAUUGAAAAAGGGAUCUCCCAACUCUUUGAAAAAUCAUCAUGAUCACAAUGGUAACAGUCUUAUGUCCAAGGAGGAGGAAUUGAAAACCGUGGCCCAUGAGGAAAGCAAUACCAGGGCAAGGAGAUCACAUCAUCGGGCAGCGACACACCAACGCAAACAACGCCUCUACGAUCAACUCUACAAAUCGCGACGGAAACGUGAUCACAUCUACGAUCGUAAAUACACCCAUGGUGGCAAUGCCAUGAAUUUCACCGAAACCGAUGAAUCCAAUUCGAUAUCAAGUUUUGAAACCGGUCUCCUCGAGUGCUUCAAAACCAAUAAACUUUCCUUUGGCAAUUUCCCACCCAUUGCCGAGUGCACAAAUCCCCACUUUUUGGAGAACGGGUCACAUCGUAUGCUGUCGAUACAUGAAAUCGAUGCCGACGGUUAUUACUAUUACAUUUUCUACAGUGAUAACGAUUUAGUUCGUAACGAUAUUCAUGCGAUCUUCGAUAUUUACAAACCGACAUUUCAAUAUUCCAAUAUCAGCAACUCUCAGGGUUGUGUCAAUGCCACCAAUUGCACCUUUCCAAUUGGAUUUCUAUCGGAUGAAAUUGUCAUUGUUGAGGUGCCCACUCGGGAUGGUAUUGAACAUGAGGAGGAUGAUAUCACCUAUUUGAUCUCAACAUGUCAUCCACGUACCGAAAUUUAUGCCAUAUUUCCGAUAUUAGUUUUAAUUUUGAUAUUGAGUUGUUCGUUUUUAUAG